AAACAAGAGUUGUGAUUUCUUUUUGUUGAUACUUUAGUUGGUUUCAGCAUGGUUCAAUUCUCAGUCCAGGCGUCUUUAAAAUUUCUACUUCAUUUAUUUACUUGUCUUAGAAAGAGAAGGUUCUGUGCCACGCCUCUCCCAUCUUAGCACAAUAUUUACGAGUAGCUUCUAAUUUUACACAGAUCGGAAUUGUUCCUCCGAGGAAAAUGGCAGAUAUAGACCAGUUUGUGGAGGACGGGUCUCUGGACGAUUAUGUGGAGUCGUCCUUGCCUCACGAUGAUACAAACGAAGGAUUUUAUUUUACUGAGGUUGCCUGUAUUCGAGCAAGCACCAAGAAAGUUCUUUGCUGCCACUUCUCUACUGAUGGAAAGUUGCUAGCUAGUGCUGGACAUGAGAAGAGGACAGUGUUGUGGAACCUCGACACGUUGAAGCUUAAAAGUUUUUUAGAAGAGCAUCAGUUUCUGAUUACUGAUGUGCGGUUCAGUCCUAAUUCAACCCGCCUGGCAACAUCAUCUUUUGAUAGAACAGUCAAGAUCUGGGAUGCUGACAAUCCAAACUUUUCGUUUCGUACGUUUAUUGGUCAUUCCGCGUCUGUUAUGUCACUUGACUUCCACCCAAACAAUGAAAAUCUCAUUUGUUCUUGUGACGGAGACGGUGAAAUCCGCUACUGGAGUUUUUCCCAGGCCAUUUGCACAAGAAUAUUUCAGGGUGGUCUGAGUCAAGUGCGAUUUCAACCACGGAUUGGCAGGUUUCUUGCUGCAGCUGCUGAAAAUGUUGUUUCGAUAUUUGAUGUUGAGAGUGAAGUUUGUGUGCAUUCUUUACAGGGACACACAAAACCUGUGCAUUCUCUUUGCUGGGACCAAACUGGAAACUUUUUGGCAACUGUUAGUGAGGAUUCAGUAAGGGUAUGGACCUUUUGUUCUGGAAGUGACGGACAAUGUGUACACGAGCUGAUUUGUAAUGGAAAUAAUUUCCAUUCAUGUGUAUUUCAUCCUCGUUAUCAAUCACUCUUGGUCAUUGGCUUAUAUCAGUCCUUGGAGCUCUGGAAUAUGGCCGAGAACAAGAGUAUGACCAUCCCAGCCCAUGACGGCCUCAUUGCGGCUCUGGCAGUUUCGCCUGCAACAGGCAUGGUUGCUUCUGCAAGUCAUGACAAGUGUGUGAAGCUAUGGAAAUGAACAUUAGUCUCUGCAUUGUGGCAGUUCAGGGUUUUUUUGUCAUUGCCGUAACUGUUUGCAAUUGUGGCAAGCUUUGCAACAGCUUAUUUGUACAAUUUAACUUAUUCUGGUCAUAAUCAGUAAUUAAAAACUACAUAUUCAUGUGCA